AUGGCCAGGGUGUAUCUGGAACAGCCGUUCUUUGUUCCAGAUCAGACGCUCAAGAUUGUCCGGGAAGACGGGUCGUAUGAUUUGGCCGACAACUACAGGCUAGACGUUGAGCUAACCGCCGCGGAUGGCAAGGAAUGGCCUCCCCUGGAUCUCACGAUCCCACCGGAGCGCAAUAGCCAAGGCGCGCGGCGAUGGGUUCUGCUAGCGUGCCUCGUGGAUCUGUUCAAGAGGUCGCGUAUGUCGGUGGAUCUUUACAUGCAUCACAACCCCGAGAAGGGCGUCAUGUCCUCCAUCACUGUGAAUGUGGCGGAUCCCAAUACGGGCGCUACAAACGGAACUGAUGCGAAUGGUGUCCCAACCCCGGAUACCCUCGUCAACGGAACGUCCAACAGCUCGGUGAAUGGGUUCGUCAGGGAUGGUAGCGAGGAACCAGAGGGAGACACGACGCCCAACCGGGCCCUACGCACUCGGGGAAAUCGGGUGUAUAACCUCAAGCUCCUAAGCGACAAGGCUCAAGGGAAGAGCAAAGGUGGGAGGCGCCGUAAGCGCGACGAUGGCCAGAUUACCUAUGUGCUCCCGAACGACCAGUUCUCCUUGGAUUCCUACCGCUGCGUGGCCUGCGGCCAAUUCCGGGUUACGCACAACUAUGACUGGUUCCCUCCCUCGGAGGAGUUCCACUUUACCAGAUCUUCGAGACCGCUCAGCCUGGAAGAAGCGACAGACCCUGCCCUCGAGCCACAGAAAUCCUUGAAGCCGCUCCCAGCUGGGGCCGCUAUCAAGAGACCGGCCUUACCCAAACCACCGGUCAAGAAGCCACCAAAGAAGAUUUUCGUCCCGCAGACAAAGCAGCCGCUUUAUGACUCCGUCAGCAGAGCGCGGCUGGAGCCCGGGACUGAGCUUAUCCCACCUCAAAGCGAUGACAGAUGGUGGAUCCAAAAGCACAGAGACAUCAUCUCCGACUUUGUGGACAUUGAGCUUCCCGAAAGGGAAUAUAUCCUGGCCUGGGAUAAGUUUGUCCUCCCAAAGCGUCUGUCUUCGGAAAUUUUUGUUCCUCGGGUCCUCCUUGAGUUUCUCGGGGCCAAGGCUGUCUGGAUCGUCUCCUCAGAACAGCGAGAGGAAGAGUUCUUCAAGCAUCUAGCGUAUUUGCAGCUCCGAGAUGUCGUAGAUCAGCCAACUCUUGACGAAAUCAAUCUUAUUUUGCAAGAUGCCCGGGCAGCAAGGGCUAACAAGGAGGGCUCAGCAGAAGACCAAGAGGAGGAUGAACCCGAAGAGGUUUGGAAGAGAGAGCAACCAACGUGUCUCAUCUGCGGUUCGCCGCCGGUUGGUGCAAUCUGCACUUUGGUCUGCUCCAAUGCCGCGUGCGGCCACCAUUUCCAUUUGACUUGUCUUCAAGACGGAAUCCGCAGGAGGCCGACGGAAGAGAACUGGCUCUGUAACAGCUGCGUGGACGAAAUACCUCCAGCAGAACCGCAGGACGCACCCGCAAAUGUUCCGCAAGACGCCGCAUAG